AUGAACGCCCCAGCCUGCCACUCUAGACAAGCCCGUGCCAGUCCCUCGCCGAGCCCAAGGGGAGAAGCCAUCAUGAGCUCUCGGAGAGCAUCUUGCGGAGGAAUCAGGAAAUGCGGUCGCUCCAAUUCAAGGAGCUCCGUGUCCAAGCAGCAAGUGGCACUUUCGUUAUCGAAGAAGGAGCUCAUCAUCGCCCUUGGUGGUAUCGAUCCCCAGUUCCCGUUCCCAUGCCUUCAAUCGAAUGAGGAUCCAGAACAAAGGAGCCGGGUUGUAUUCCGCGAUCCUGCCUCUUCUUUAUCUCAUCCCGGGUUCUUCUCCACGCCACCCGUGAUGAGGGACCAACAGACCGGUGUCUGCCAACCUGAACAACGUAAACUGCUGCCUCAGGCAACUUCAUCGAUCCAAUCCUCUACUUCUAAGCCGUCCAUGCAGAGAUGCAGCAAUUUCCUGGACAAUGUUUUGACGACAGCGGAAGAGCGCGCAUUUUUACGGAGUAUGAUGCCCACAAUAGCGACUCCGGCUGAGGAUGCCCUCGUGAAACCAGGGAGUGAGAGCGGACCUGAGGCCUUGGAACCUACACCACUGUUCGUCGCUCCAUCGCAGGUGGAAUACAACCCCUUUUUAAAUGCACCGAAAUGUUGA